CCCGGGUAGUAGGGAGAAGGUGCUGUCGUGGGAGACGUUGCUGUCGUGGGAGACGCUGCUGUCAUGGAAGACGCUGCAACGCCCGGGACGACCCAGGGAGUCAUAGAAAACCAAGGAGUUCUGUCGGCGGCAGGAGCCCUAGUGGAGCUCACCCCGACCCCCGGCGGCCUGGCCCUGGUGAGCCCCUACCACACCCACCGGGUCGGAGACCCCUUAGACCUCGUGGCGCUCGCAGAGCAGGUGCAGAAGGCUAAUGAAUUUGUCAGAGCAAAUGCCACCAACAAGCUGACAGUCAUAGCUGAGCAAAUCGAACAUUUGCAAGAACAAGCCAGGAAAGUAUUGGAGGAUGCUCGCAGAGAUGCUGAUUUGCACCAUGUAGCUUGUAAUAUAGUGAAAAAACCUGGCAACAUUUACUACCUUUAUAAACGGGAGAGUGGUCAGCGGUAUUUUUCCAUUAUUUCUCCAAAGGAAUGGGGGACAGGUUGUCCACAUGACUUCCUUGGUGCGUACAAGCUACAGCACGACUUGUCCUGGACUCCGUAUGAGGACGCUGAGAAGCAGGAUGCUAAAAUCAGCAUCGUGACCAAGUUGCUAAGCCAGCCAGUGGCUCUGCCUCGGAGCACUGAACCCAGCUUCCAGGGCUUCACUUCCACUGAGAGUGGACUCUGACAAAGGCUGUCAUGGCUAGGACCUGUCACCUCCUUGUUGCUCCAAUCUCUGCCUUGAUGGGAGGUGGCAUGAGAAUCGAGGGCAUGUAGGGGAAUCAUGAACUUCUUUGAAGGUGGUCCUGUGUGAAUGUAAAUGCUGUCGUUAUUACUUUUAGUUGGGAUGGUAAAGAAUCACAUCAGUCUCUUUUGGGAUCCUCUGCAGGUCACAGAUACUCAACUCGUCAGUUUCAGAGUAUUGGCCAGUGUACUUUCCUUCUCCUUUAUCUCCAUCUGUUCUCCCAUAAGUCAGAGCAUUAGAGAAAGAAGGGCUUCUUCUUCCUUCGAAAAGAUUGGCAGGUCAUUUUCCAGAGAGGACUGUUGUUAGUCUCUUAGUAACUAGAAGUGUUUGAGAUUGGGGUUGUGGCUAUUGAACAGUUGGUGCAACUCCAGCUUCAGAUUCGUCUGGGAAUCGGAAUGUUGGGUACUGGCAGAUGAUAAACAGCUUGGCUUGGCUCGCGAGCGAGUGUGUGGUUCUGGUGUUUCUGCACGAUUGAUAAGGUUUGGCUUGUCCCAUUCUGCUCUUUCUGCUGAGCUAGGAUGACUGGAGAAUUUAAGGCAGCAGCAAUGGCCAGGUUUGGGGACAGUCAGCCUCUAAACUCACAGAAUUUUAGACUUGGAAGAGAUUUUGGAGGCUACCACUAACAACGUUAUGAAUCCACCCUCUAGCCCCACUGAGCAGGAGCUCCAGAGUUCCGCCAUCUGCAGCAGGAAGAAUCCAUUAAGUGGCAACUUUAGAAUAUUGUGGAAAAGAGAAUAGGACAGUGGGUGAGAAACAAGAAAAACAGCCAACCUGUUGAUUAUGAGUUAACUCGGAUUAAAAUUCAUUUUGACCUGAAUUAUUCAGGAACUUAACA